AUGCCUCUCGAAAACAUUCGCAACAUCGUCCUCGUCCUCUCCGGCAAAGGCGGUGUCGGCAAAUCGAGCGUAACUACGCAACUCGCCCUCACGCUAUCGCUACAAGGACAUUCGGUCGGCGUAUUGGAUAUAGACUUGACGGGCCCGAGUAUACCGCGCUUCUUCGGUAUUGAAGAUGCGAAAGUAAGACAGGCGCCUGGUGGUUGGAUACCGGUUGAUGUUCAUGGCGAGCAGACGUUGGCUGCGCAUCAGAAGGAAGGGGCGGAGGCGGCUGGAGGUGAGCAGAAGAUUGGCUCGUUAUCUUGCAUGUCUCUGGGCUUCAUCCUGGCUUCGCGCUCCGAUGCUGUAAUCUGGCGUGGCCCAAAGAAGACCGCUAUGGUGCGCCAAUUCCUCACCGACGUGCUCUGGCCACCGCUCGAUUACCUCCUCAUCGACACACCACCCGGUACCUCCGACGAACAUAUCUCCCUACUCGAAACCCUAUUGAAGAACACCACGCCGUCUCCUGCUCUCAACCCGCACGUCCCGUUCUUGGCCGGCGCCGUCGUAGUCACAACACCGCAGGCCAUCAGCGUCAGUGACGUGAAGAAGGAGCUAAACUUCUGCAAGAAGACCGGAAUAAGGGUACUAGGCGUGGUAGAGAACAUGGCGGGAUUUGUGUGCCCGAACUGUUCGGAAUGCACAAAUGUCUUCAGCAAGGGCGGCGGAGCAGUCAUGGCGACUGAGUUUGAAGUACCAUUCCUCGGCUCUGUACCAAUUGAUCCAGCGUUUGUGGAAUUGGUCGAGAGUGGGACGAGGCCCGUAUACCCCAAGGGUACUGUCAUUCAGGGCAAAGAGUUGGACACCGAGGAGGUCGCGGCGCUGAAGAACAAGGGUGGGUUGUUUGUCGAUAAGUAUCGGGACUGCUCGUUGGCGCCGUUAUUCGACGAGUUCGUGACGAGAUUGAAGGGGGAUAUCGGAAGGAUUGUGUGA